GCCCAAUGUCCGACGAGAAAAUAUUUGGUUUCGAGAGAUAUCCAAAGUUCCGGUUGAAUGCACCUCGUUUCCCGCAAGACACCUUUCUUGGACAAUACGAAGCUGGAAAAGCAGGAGCUGUAUCCAACAAAGAACUAUGGGAAGCGCAAAAAAUUAAAUCGGCAAUCUGUCAUCCUGAUACCGGGCAAAAAAUAUUUCCACCAUUCCGGAUGAGUGGAUUCGUACCGUUUGGAUGGAUAACGGUUACUGGAAUGCUAUUACCAAAUCCGUCAUGGCCUUCCCUGCUUUUCUGGCAAUGGCUCAAUCAAACGCAUAAUGCUCUGGUAAAUUAUUCGAAUCGGAAUGCUACACAGGAUCAGCCUUUAUCUCGAUAUGUAACAGCUUAUUGCGUAGCUGUUUCAUCUGCCUGUUCUAUUGCUGCAGGACUUACAUAUCUGAUCAAAAGAGCAAAUCAUCUGGAUCCGAUGAAACGAAUGAUUAUCCAACGCUUUGUUCCAUUACCUGCUACAUCGCUGGCAAGCGGCCUCAAUGUGCUAUGCAUGCGAUGGAAUGAAAUAGGCAGCGGAAUCGAUGUUUAUGACAGCAACCGGAGGGUGGUCGGUACAUCCAAGAUUGCUGCUACCCGGGUAAAUUUGCUUUACAACCACACGAAAGUUUGGGCAUGCUGACG